AUGUCGUGUCUAGAGCCCUUGGCCUGGAAGAUUACAACUAGAAUCGUUUUAGCAGGUGGUCAGCUGGUGGACGGUGGUUUUUGUUUCUGCUACAUGGCGGUAGAUGUCGGAAAAGCCCUUUUAAGGUUCACAGAAACACUUAGCGACCCCUCUGUCGACAAAGAAGCGAAACUUAAAGUCCUUCGUACACUGGAUGAAGUCACAUUAACCCUAAGCGAGUUGUCAAAUUCCGGUGUUGGACGAGCUGUUCGUCGUCUAAAAUCCGAGCCUGGUGAACUGGGUCAGAGAGCUCGCAGUCUUGUGAUCAAAUGGAAGGCUUUGCUUGAUGAGCACAUAAAGCGUGGAAACAUUCAAAUCCCAGAGCUAAUGAGGAAGAAGCAGGAAUUACCCGUAUCGACAAAUGAACCAGAAUUCCAACUUCCUUUUCUACGGCAAUUAAAGUCGCGCAAGCGUCCCUCUUCCCCUGAGCCUGUUUCUCAGUCCCUUGACGCUUCUUCGGGUCUUUCCUUCGAACAAGCCAUGAGCAUGACAGCUCCAAUCAAAAAGAAGGGCAAGAAACGACCAAAGGUGGCGCAUGAAAGGGAAUUCACAGAUUUAAGAUACCCCAGUCAGGCAUUUACACAGGAGAUUCUUUCCUCCCUCUCUGUUCCUUUUGAUCUUCCUUAUAUGCAGGAACAGGUUCCCGUUCCGAGGCGUCCUGACACCACUUCUAUCAAUGACCUCGCAGACGAUGGUGAUCUAAAAUUUCGCUCGAAGAAAGUCAUUUGGGCGCCGCGGGUGAGAAGGAGUGUGGAUAACGGUACUGCACAGAACUCUGCCUCCCUUAGUGGCACCAGCGGUCUAACUGAACCGCCGACUCUGGUAGAGGCGUGUUUGUUAGUGCUGGCGAAGAACAUCUCUCUUGUGGAUAGUGUGGGUGAGGUGCCCUACGAACUCUUCUCACGCGCCCUGCAAGAUGCCUCGCCUGAAGAUCUCCUUCGGAUUGAAAAGCACAAUCCCAAAUUCCGCGGUCUGAUGGAUGACCUGUGGAAAAAGCAUGUCUACCGAUGCUUCCCAGAGCGUCGCAAUCUCGACAGUAUCCGGCCAAAAGAAACGUGGGCUAAGAUGUACGUGCGUCUAGAAGCAGAAAACUCGCGCCGACUCAAACAGUUCAUCAAAUGCUCCUCCACCAAGCAGCAGGCUGAGAGGGAAAUAGAGCAUAUAACUCGUCUGUACAAGUCAAAAGUAGAAAGUCGUCCUGGUACUCAACGUGCGCUAACCUUCUGA